AUGGCGAAGUACGCACGGGACAAGGAAGCGGCGAGGAGGGUGAUGGAGAUGGAGUUGGAGGUGCAGUUUGGGAAGCAGGAGAAUGCUUGCGUCGCCAAGGCCAUCUACAAGAGAGGUAAUCCUUUGUUUGAUCGUCUCAACUUGGUCUCGCUGCGGUCGCGAUUGCGUCUUCUGCUUUUGGAAUCCACAGAAGGGAUUGUCUACAAUGCACACACCCCAGAGGCUCGCGAUGUGGCCGAUCGUCAAGCCUUCUACUCAGACCCGUUUCCAUUCUCCGUGUUGGAGCUGGACGGCUUGCGGAGAGCUCUCUCACACAUGCUACCAUUGGCGCUGCCCCUUGGCUCUGCAACUUUCGCACAGCUCGCCGAUGAUGAUGAGAUCGCUGCUGCCGGCUUCGCUCCAAACAGCCCGGCGGAGAGCAUCGUGUCUCUCACGACAGCGUUCUUGGGAUCCAGCGCCGAGAUGGACGAGUCCGGGAAGCUCCUCGAGUCUGCCUGGGACCAAGCCUUCUGCAACCUGUGGAUGAAGCUGCACAAGCUUGCUGGGACAACGACUGUCGAGUUCAAUCGCAGCAUCGUGAUGGACUCUUUGGAUGGUAGCACUCGCGCCGAUCCGAUGCUGUGGACUGGAAACCGCCUGUGUGCCAAGUUCGAGGAGAGGCGGCAGUUCUUGCAGGAUGCGCAAGAGAAGUUAGAGGAGAAGCUCGUCAACUUGGAGCCGCGGUUCUACGGCCCAGUGCCGUGGAUCAUCGGGGUGGCUCUGGCAGGCCAGGAGAUGGCAGCGUGGGCGAUGAUACGGGGAUCAAAGACGCCAUCGCAAGUUCUUGUGGGGCCUUUGAAACUGACGUCGAUGCGGGACAAGUUUACUUGCUUGCGCUUCUCCAUCAAUCUCCUCCGGCUUGCGCUCACGCUCAAGGACGUCGUCUCCUCCAACUUUGUGGAUCGUCCAAGGCCGUUCCGGACGCUCCCGCCAGCGUUCUAUGGAGCUGCGGACCAGAUCGAGAGAACGCUCUGGCUCGACAAUGGUAUGGCGAUCAAGGGGAUCUGUCCCCGGACGCUGCAUGUCAGUGAAGGAUUCACGACAAUGGAGUUUGUGAGGAAAGCUUACGGGCUCCAAGCAGAGGGUAUAGUUCCUGGCGAGCCGAUGCUCAUGAGGGACAGGUACAGAGUGACCAUGAAGGCCGUGGAGUGCGAGCCGCCUGUUUGUACCGAAGCGGAACUUCUCAGUGCUGUUCUAUGGAUUCUUCGCGGCCUGGAGAAGUUGCAUGAAGCGGGGCUGGUCCAUCGGGAUGUGAGGUGGGAGAAUGUUGCCAGGAGCGGUGGUGGCUACGUCUUGAUCGACUUGGAGACUGUGUGGGAAGCUGGUGGCGAGCCCGAGUGUUCGCUUCUGGUUUGGGGUGAAGAGACGCUUGUAGGCGAUAAGUACACGGAGCAAUCUGAUCUGUAUCUUGUUGGUAAGAUGAUGUAUGUUGUGGAAAAACUCUCCCCAGCAGCUCAAGAGUUCCAGUCCAGGCUACUGGGCUCUGAGUUUGCAUCAGCCAGAACUGCUAUUGAGAACCUCAUUGCUCUUCAGAACUGA